AUGAAUUCCCUCCGCGCGGCACACCCUCGCGCAGCUCGAAUACCGCCAUUGCUGCCUCGCACGCAGCAGAUCCGCCAUUUCCACCCGACCAAGCCCACCCGGGUCCUGAACGAAGUACUCGAUGCCUCCACCUGGUUUAUUCACGGCGUCCACACCGUGUCACACCUACCAUGGGUCCUAUCAAUUCCCCUGACCGCCGUCAUCAUCCGGACAGCAGUCGCUCUGCCGCUCCAAGUCUACAUGAGAAUCCACGCCCGUAAGGAGCGGGACCUGCUCCCGCUCAAAUAUGCGUGGAGCAAAGUCUACAAAACCAAAAUCAUGGCCGAGCAACUGCAGCCCGGCGAGGCCACGAAGACAGUGGAGAAAAGACUACGGCUGGUUAAUACCGUAAUGCACAAACGCUGGGGAAUCUCCAGCCACUACAAGUACACGCCGUACUGGCAGAUACCAGUCUGGAUCGCGGUCAUGGAAGGUCUGCGCGGCAUGAGCGGCGCCAAAAACGGAAUUCUCCCAUGGGCUCUGUCGUUCUUUGAUUCAGAGAAAACCGCCGCCGAGUCUCUCCAUCUGACCGUGGAGCCGACGCUGGCGAACGAAGGCGCGCUCUGGUUCCCGGAUCUACUCGCGGGAGAUCCCACGGGACUCUUGCCGGCUGCGCUGGCAGCUUCGCUCAUCCUCAAUAUCCGGAGAGGGUGGAAGACCCCGCAGCCCGCAGAGAUGGCCGAUAUGCCCAAGUUAUUGAUGUUCCGCUCCGCUGCAUUUGCCGGUCUGAAGUUUGGUCUCCAGGGACUGUCGCUCCUCAUCGCAUACUCGGCUUGGCUUCAAUCCCUGCCUUGCGCCUUGAUGAUCUAUUGGAUUACCAGCUCAAAUGUCGCUACGCUACAGACCUACCUUUUGGAGAAGUUCUUGUUUCCAGACCAGCCACUUGCGCCUUGGAGGGGUUUGCAUGUCAGGUACAGCAGACCAGGUCAGGAGGAUCCAUUCCAAGUGAACAUGAAGUGA